AUGGAAAACAAUCAUCUUCUGGACGUUUUUGACUAUGAUUUGGACAUUGAUUUCGAAACUGCAUAUGAAAUGAUCAACAAUGAAGAUCUGAAUGCCAAGUCUAAUAAUAACAAUCACAUGGCAAUAGAUCCGGAGGUAGAUCGCUGGAGUACAUCAGAUACGUGUGGGAUGAAGCGUGAGAGCGAUGGGGUCAACGGUGCACAUUUGAACGAACACGCUCUCGGGUUAGAAUUGACGAAUCGACCUGGUUUGCUGAGCGAAUUUGAGUCGAGUGCGAUCGAAAAUUUCCUGGACAGUCUUGUCAGCAGCAACAACACCAGCGCGAAGCGUUCCAAGGAGUGGCUACCGCAGCAACAGCAUUUAAAGCCAGUUUGGGAAGAAGUUGGUUCUGUCAUCAGUGCAUCCAGGUCUCUGGGAGACGGGCAUAUUUCGGGCAAACAAGCGUCGAGUGAGUUCAAGGUUUCACAAGCAGCCGUAGACGGCAAGCCAGUAAACUCUGUUAAUGGCUUUGGAACCACAAAUAGCUUCAAGAACCCACUGCUGCCAAUAAGUGCUUUGGGACCAGGCUUGGGUCGUAGUGGCUCGGAAAAAGCACUGGAUGCCGUCACGAUAGCACAGCCAUUGCCGGCUCUUGACGUCAAUCCUCAAAGUACGCCAGAUACUUCUCUGCGAACGAUGUCUGUCAAUUACAAACCUGCUCAAAUAAAAUCGCCGGAGAUCACAAUUCUCGAUUCGGAGGUUCCGUUAGAUGUACGCGGUGACCCCGCAAAGCGUAAAAAAUGGAAGCAUGUAGCGCUUGAAAAGAAGCGGAGAAAUGCGAUUAAAGAGUUUUUCGACGACCUCGUCGAACUUGUACAGUUCCCGAGAUCUGUGGUUCAGGAAGCCCAGAAGUUUCAUCCUGUAAAUUGGGGGCUCGAUGUUGAGCAUGCGGGCGGAAAGAAAAUGAAGGGUGGCAAGCCUACCGACAAGAGAAUACCGAAACACGUACUUCUCAAUUAUCUCAUAGAAGACAUGGACGUUAUUCUUCGAGCAAAUCGCUCCCUCGAAGCGAUGCUCGAGCCUAAAGUACACGAAGAAAGAACGUUAACUUAUAUAUAA